AUGCUACUGGCGAUCCUACGGAAGAAGGUGCGAACACCUCUCCGUGCUGCUGGCAGCAUUUAUAAAAUCGGGGGAGGUGACUUUUGGUACGGAGGAUUAUCGCCAGUCCUGACCAAGUAUUUUCAAAACAUCGAACCCCGAGACGAUCCUUUCAAGUUAGACGUAUCGGUCGACGGGCUACCGCUACAUAAGGGUGGGCCGACCCAGGUUUGGCCUAUUCUGGUGAAAGCGGUAGACUUGCCUAAGCUUCCACUCAUGUUGGUGGCCGCAUAUAGUGGCCAUACAAAGCCGGCAAGUGUGGAAGAAUUUUUGCGGUCGCUAGUGAAUGAUUUUAAUAUCAUUCAGCGAGGAGGCUUGACCAUCGGCGAUAAAACGUUGCAGUUUCGGCAACGACGAACCACAACGGAUACGACAGUUGUUUAA